GAUAUCAUUCCACCUGAUCUUCCGAUCCGAGACUCAAACAAAUACAUAGAGAAAGACGGUUCAUGCUCGCCACCCAACAAAUCAAUUAGAGGAAAUAUUCAUAUUUUCGUAUCUAGAAGGGAGCUUCAAAAAUCUUUGUCUCCUCUCGUCUCGCUUUUCCGUGGUUAAGCGUGUCGUAGAGUCAUCGAAGACAAAAAAAAAAAGGGAAAGGAAGAAGAAAAAAGCGUGGAUGCACCAAGUCUUGAGGAAAGGACAACAGCUUUCAAGGAUUAUCGUGCGGUCUCGUAGUCACCGUUGGUGUGCACUUGUACUUGCCACACAACGCAAUUAUCGGAGCAUGGCGCUGCAUCAGGCGAAUGUGCGCAUAUUCGCGCCGGGAGAUACGAACGACUCGAUGCAGGCGGGUCAAUUCACCAAGGGCGAGCUCGAGCUGAAAGACCUUGUGCCGAAUCCCCUGGAUCAAUUCCACGCGUGGUUCAAGCAGGCGCGAGCCGCGGGCGUUAGCCACCCGGAGACGGUAACGAUGUCGACGGCGGAGCUGCCGUCCGGGCGGGUGUCUGCGCGCGUGGUGUACAUGAAGGAGCUAGACGACCGUGGAUUCGUCGUCUUCUCGAACUGGGGAACGAGCCGCAAAGCGGCCGACAUCGCCACGAACCCGCACGCGGCGCUGACGUUCUGGUGGCAGGACUUGGAGCGUCAGGUGCGCGUCGAGGGCCGCACCGAGCGGCUUACGAGGGAGGAAAGCCAGAUCUACUACGACACUCGCAUCCGCGGCAGCAGGAUAGGCGCGUGGGCGAGCCGGCAGAGCACGGUGCUGAGGGACCGUCGCGAGCUCGACGAGCAGGUGGCGGCGAUCGAGAAGCGUUUCGAAAGCCAGGACCGCAUUCCCGUUCCGGACUUUUGGGGUGGCAUGAGGAUCGUGCCGGACGUGAUGGAGUUCUGGCAGGGUCGGGAGAGCAGGCUCCACGAUCGGUUCAGGUUCACGAAGGACGAGAGCAGCGAACAUGGUUGGCGCGUGGAGCGCUUGAGCCCGUAGAGUGAACAAUCAUAGCAGUCCUGUUUACCCGUGACGCUUCUAUCCCCAACAUCCGCUCCGCAAUGUCUAACUACUGC